AUGAACUCGGUCCCGGUAUUUCGCUUCUCAAAACUGUCCUUUGGCGUCGCCCGGACGAGCAUACGGCAUGGCCACACGCGAUCGCGACGCAGGACGCCCCAGCAUGAGCUCACCAACUUUGAGCCGGGCCACGGCGAGCAGAUUUGGGUCUGGAGCCACCUGACCUCGAACCAGGUCAUCUACUCGCACACGAAGCAGCUCGAGUCUCACCGCGCCCUCAAACAACUCCCCUUCAACGGCAAAAAAUCCAAACCCGCAAAACUCCGCCGCGACUACUGGGAACCAAUGGCCCUCAUCCAGCUCCCCGCCGGCGCCGGCGCAGCAGGCCAAUCCGUCUUCCAAAAGCUCCGCGAGUUCCGCCGCAUGCACGAGCUCGCCUGGGAAGACGACCUCCUCUACAGGGAGCAUCGCACCGAGCUCCUCAAGCCGAAGCCCAUCAAGCCCGUCCGCAAAAUCGUCCGCAACCGCCACGAGCGCUCCCUAGCCCUCAACGACCAGCGCGCAAACUCCAUUGCCGACAUGGCCGCCGUCCUCGCCGGCUUCGGCCGCGGGAACCGCCUCGUCGUCAGCGCAGGCGAGAAGAAGGCCGUGCUCGAGGACGGCGAGGCUUUGACGGGUCGCAAGUGGUCCAAGGCGCCGCCGGCCAAGACACAACUCGUCGCUGGCCAGUCUGGAGAGGAGGUAGAGGGCGCCGGCACUACCAAGGCGCCGGCCGUCGAUCAGCUUCUGCCCGCGACGAUAUACUGGGCCAACGAGGACGACCGCAACUUUGCGCAGGAGUGGACCGGCAACGUCACGCACGACUUGUUCCGGGACGUCAAGGCGCUCUUGGAGGCGAACCAUUUCGACCCAGAGCAGGCUGUUGUUGAGGAGGAGCCCAAGGCGGAGCCUGCGUCGGAGGACAGCAAGGACAGUAAGGCUGACACCAAGGCAUAA